AUGGCAAUCUAUUUUCCUGGCCAAACCGUCGAAGGGGUGAUCAUUGUCCAUAUUAGCGAAGCGAUGAAAAUGCGUAGUAUCAAAGCAUCCAUUUUAGGUUACUCGUAUACUGCCAUUGAAGACCCUGGUGGCCUUCGCUUGGGUGUUCUAUUUACACGAGAAAAAGAAAAGCACUUAGAUGAGACCAUGGUAGUAUGGGGAGAUGCAAAUGGGUCAGAAGAUGUGCUGGCAGCUGGAAAAUAUAACUUUAAUUUUCAAUUUAAGUUACCCAAUGAUGCCCAAUUACCAUCGUCGUUUGAGUACAGAACAAGCCACAUUAGAUAUGAGAUCAUGGCGACAAUUGAUAGGCCAUGGAAAUCGGAUCACUUGUCGAAGAGAGCAUUUACAUUUUUACAGAUCAUUGACGUCAAUAAACCUCCUCUCUCGCAACCACUUCCACCAAAAGAAGCUGAAACAUCCAUUUGCUGUCUAUGCUGUACUUCUGGUCCGAUUACACUUAAAGCAAGCAUCGAUCGAUCUGGUUAUUGUCCCGGAGAAUCAAUUUCUUUAAAAACAGAAUGUAUCAACAACACAAACACAGAUAUGGAAGGUAUCCAAGUAUCUCUCACAGUCCUUUCUGGAAACACGUUAGAACUGAAAAUUCCCAUCACUAUUGGAACCAUUCCAUUGCAUGUAGCUGCGCCUAAUAUCGCAAAUCCAUCACCUGGUCAGUCGCCACCUGAUGUUCCUCCAUCCUACGAUGCCAUUCAUGAAGCAGUAUCAUAUGAUUAUAUGGAAUGCGUUGAUGGUCCGUAUGAGUUAAAGGAAAUUGACAGCCGUGAAUAUGUAACCUACAAGCUAUCAUUUGCACCUUUGUAUCCUUGCGUUAAAAGUAGUUUACAAGCCAACAACUCUCCUGUUACUAACCAGCCCACAACAACACAUGUAGAUGAUGUUGCGAUCAGUACCAACCAAUAG